GUCACUGCAGGGAGUGAACGAGGGGGAGGAGCAGAGAUCUGUUUCUGUUCAGAGGAAGUGAAUCUGUUCUUCAGUCUCUGGCAGCAGCUGAAAUGGCGCAGCAAGAAGUUCACCUGGACAGAGAAAGAUUCUGCUGUUCGAUCUGUCUGGAUCUACUGAAGGAUCCGGUGACUACUGUCUGUGGACACAGCUACUGUAAGAGCUGUAUUAACACCCACUGGGACAAUGGGGAGGAGAGAGGAAUCUACAGCUGCCCUCAUUGUAGACAGUUCUUCACACCGAGGCCUGUCCUGGGGAAAAACACCAUGUUAGCUGAUUUAGUGGAGGAGCUGAAGAAGACUGGACUCCAAGCUGCUCCUGCUGAUCACUGCUAUGCUGGACCUGGAGAUGUGGCCUGUGAUGUCUGCACUGGGAGAAAACUGAAAGCUCUCAAGUCCUGUUUGAAUUGUUUGGCCUCUUAUUGUGAAAAACACCUCCAGCCUCAUCUUCAGUCAGCUCCAUUGAAGAAGCACAAGCUGGUGGAGCCCUCGGAGAAGCUCCAGGAGAACAUCUGCUCUCGUCACGACGAGGUGAUGAAGAUGUUCUGCCGCACUGAUCAGCAGUGUAUCUGUUAUCUCUGCUCUGUGGAGGAACAUAAAGACCACGACACAGUGUCAGCUGCAGCAGAAAGGACUGAGAGGCAGAGAGAGCUCGGGCUGAGGAGACAAACAAUCCAGCAGAGAGUCCAGGACACAGAGAAAGACCUGAAGCUGCUUCAACAGGAGGAGGAGGCCCUCAAUGGCUCUGCUGAUAAAGCAGUGAAGGACAGUGAGGAGAUCUUCACUGAGAUGAUCCGUCUGCUGGAGAAAAGAAGCUCUGAUGUGAAGCAGCAGAUCAGAUCCCAGCAGCAAACUGAAGUGAGUCGAGUCAGAGAGCUUCAGGAGAGACUGGAGCAGGAGAUCACUGAGCUGAAGAGGAAAGACCAGGAACUGAAGCAGCUCUCAGACACAGAGGAUCACAACCAGUUUCUACACAACUACCCCUCACUGUCACCACUCAGUGGAUCUACACACUCAUCCAGCUUCAGGAUCCGUCCUCAGAGGAACUUUGAGGACGUGACAGCAGCUGUGUCCCAGUGGACUCAGGGCGUCGGAGUCGAUCAGAUGUUGACAUGUUGUCCUGGUCUCAGUCACUCAUGUCUCCCAGUCCGUCCUCUUCCAUCUGUCGUCCAAUGACCUCCAGCUGCAUCGUCUUCUUCUGUCCCUUCUGCUCCACCACUCUCUCC